AUGAACAUUGUGGCUCCCAUUUCUUUUUAUUAUAAAAUGGGUACCCAGUAUGCCUUUUGUAUUUGCUGUGAAUGGUUUCUGGUGCUGCUAAAGUCUACUUUGACCAAUGUCUUCAGGAGGUGUGGAUGUAAAAUGUUGUUUGCCAUCAAAUCUCAUUGCUACAUGUCUGAAAGACUUUCCCCCCAAGAAUAUGAACAAUUCUCCAUCUUGAAACAAUGCCAGCCCCGGUAUAAACAUUUAGCAAAUUGCAGAAUCCAGCUUUUCUGGGCACAGAAUUCUCAUUCCUGUUAUGCAGAUUGA